GGAGAAGGGUUGCGUGCCGGACUUGCGAUCGAGCUGCGUGGCGGGAAAUGACGGGUGUGGGGGAGUGAAUAGAACGCCGCAGGACGCGCAGGGCGCUGGAGGAGGGAAUUGGGGUUGCCAUCGGGCGGUAUAAGAGCGUGUUGGGCUGGGGGAGAAGAUAUCGAAGGGUGGAGGUGAUGAGAUGGGAGAGGUGCGCCCGGCAGAUCUUCGGCAGAACUUUUUUUCGACCGGGGACGGGAAAUGGAUGCGGGUUGACACCAAGCGUCAAUCCCAUCUUUUGCUUCGACUAUCGUCUCUCUUGGAUUCGAUCGAGCGGUACUUUGUCCCACAUGAUACGGCAAUAGAUUCUGCUGCGUCUACAAGCUCAAUGGCGCUCAGCCGGCGCCCAGCCGCCCGCUUCUUCUCCGCCUUCUAUCGCUGGAGCUGCUAUACGCAGCGACCGGUACCAUGUAGCGAGGUUCUCCGUUAUCGUCAGAAUGGCUUUGGGCGUCGUCUUGACCUGCAAAGCUCCCGAGGCUAUCUUGCGACGAGACCGUACCGCCAGAUUGAAGGGGCUGCAACACAUACGAAUGAUGAGGAGAUACAGGUAGCUGCAGAGGAUACAUUGAGGCGUACCCAUUCUCGGGUGGACGAAUCCGAGGCAGGCCGAUUAGAGAGCUCUGCCAGCCAGCCAGAGGAAGAGCUCAAGCAAGAGCAGCUUCAGCACGAAGAGGAAAGCGUGAAUGAAGACGAGAUAUCGACAGCCGGCUUCUCGCUGGAAGGCAUGCACACGAAUGCGUUGCGCGACGGGGUGCGCCAUGUCAUGCGCCAUGUCCCUAGCUCUGUCGUCGUUAUCACAGCUGCCGCUCGCGAAGACGGACAGCCCAUUCCCCUUGGCAGUGCCAUCUCCUCCUUCAACACCGUCACACUGGACCCGCCUACCGUAUCGUUCAAUAUCCGAUACCCAUCGAGAACGUUGGAUGCUAUCCGGGCUGCCCACGGCCUCUUCCGCGUCCACUUCCUAGAAGGCCAGAAGAGGGGUGGCAGGAUAGCAGAAGUAUUUACUCUGGCGAACACUACAGAGAACUUCAAGAUCCGGCGUCAGGAAGUACGUGUGCAUUUGCCUCCAAGACGGGACAUAUCAAAUGCGACCGACUCCAUGGCACCCCAGAUCCAAGAUACCGCCGUGGUAGCGGCGAUGGAGUGCGAGAUGACGCAAGAGAUGACAGUGGCCGAUCACAUUAUUCUUGUUGCAAGAAUCAACAGUUUGGAGAAAAACCCGGAACUCGAGUCUACAAUUCUGUAUCAUGACGGGAAGUACAAAAGGAACGACGGCGCCGUGGUCUUUCAGCACCUUGGCUCUCAUCGCGUCUUGCCCGCAAAUGAGGCUAAAGAGGUGGGCAUAUACUGGAAGUAUCCGCUGUUUCACGGAGAGGCGGAAAGACAGGAUAUGAAAGAGCAGCUCAAGUCUUACAUCAAGAGCAAUCCCCAUUUACUCAAAAUGGACCUUACAGAUGCCGCAGUCGAGCUGCAUAGCAGCCUAUUAAUUCCCCGUGGUGCGUUCGGUUUCAACAUGGCGCUUCUGGUCGCCGAAUGCAGGGCUGAUCUUGGACUCGAGCCGGGCUUCCAAAGAGACUGGGAAAAGGACGCACCCGUAGUGAAUGAGUUCUAUGGUCGCCUCACCCCGGGUGCUAUAAAGUCUAUUGUCGAGCGUGUGCGGAAGCUGGCUAGGAUUGAUGCCAGCUGCUUGGAUUUGGAUCUCAUCAUCUUGCUCUCCGCUCUAGGGGUUCAUCCUACCUGCACCGGUUAUCUUGCUAGCGAAAUACUGGAGCCCUUGCGAGAUGAAGGCUUCGUGGCUCCAUUCGAAGCUAAAGCCAGACCCCCGGCUAUACGCAGAGUUUAUACUGCAGCCACUCUCGAGGAUACAGAACAACUCGAGUUCCGUCUUCGCGAAUUCCUCCGCACGCGAACAUAUAACGAUAUCCGGAGGAUGACACCCGAAGAUCUUGAGAAACAGGUGGGUGGUCCGGGUCCGAAGGCACGGAGGAUCGCGCACAUCAAACGUGUACGCGACCGCAUCAUCACCGAGGUCUUUCCGGCUGUUUUCGCUGCACCCAAUAUCGAUAUAGGUCCAAGCGAAGUGUACCAGGAGGAAGCGCGCGUUGUCGUUGCUCGUAUCAUCGAUUUCUUCGGAUUCAAUAAGCUACUCUUGUUUCGCAGGAACAUCUCUCUGCCCACCAUUGAGAUCCUGCGAAGGGUUGGCGUACAUCCCAUGGUCUCAGGCGUCGAUGUCGAGUUCCUUAUAGGCAAGCUUGUGUACAUGCACCGUUUCGAACGGGACCCCGAUGCACUCCUUUCUGCAGUCCAAGAAAUGCUGAACCGCCACUUCACGCGCAGUGUGUCGUUGAGCGACCUCGAGUCGCGCGUCAAGCAGCUUGUGCAAAAAGCACCCCUCCGCGUGGUUAAAUGGGGACCGGCAGAUCUCCUUGCGGCAAUGGGUCUCCGCCACGGAGCUAGAGCUAAGACGCCGGUGGCGCGCGAUAGACCACAGCGGCUCCGCGACGGGCACAUACUCCCCAUGCUCAUUGCUAAGGAGCUCAAGAACUUCUACGGGAAAGGGACGGAUGAGGAAAACGCGGCUAUCGCUGACUUCCUCAAGACGCAGUACAAGUACGAUGUCCAUAUGCCCCAGCCAAUCCGAGACACCUCGGAGCCGGACGAAAAGUCGAGAAGCAGCGACGAGGAGAUGGAGGAGGCGAUGCAGCAGAGUCUCAACGUGCAUGUCAUGCAUAGUGAGAAGGCUAUGCAGCAGCUCGAGGAGGCGAGGAGGGAAGGGCCUCCCGCGACGAGCGGUAGGCAGAACGGCACGCGGUGGAAGAGGAUAAGGAUGAAUGGGUCUGGCAAGGAGGCGGAUGACAAUCAGUGGACCGAUUGGGGAAAGGAGACGGCGAAUAAGGAGGCGAACAAGCCGCUUGUCACCCAAUGGACGGCUUACCGGAUUGAUGGGGAAAAGAAAAAUGUCGCUCAGUCCUUCAGAUUCUAGUUUUAUAUUGGGGCGGUGGUUAGAGUGGGCGCCCCGGCCCCCCCUCCGUGUAUAAACUGUAUGAUAUCCAACCAAGCGUUUCGGCUACGUAACGCCAAUUUUAUCUAAAAGCAUUUCCCCGUGGUAGAACUUUAUCUGCAAUAUACGUC